AUGACACAAGAGAAGAAGAAGCCAAAAUUGGAGACAAUUCAGACCCUCCGAGCUCUCUCGAUCAUUUCUGUUCUCGUCUAUCACACGAGCUAUUGGGCAUCAAAGGGAGAUCUUGGAGUACAUAUCUUCUUUGUGAUUUCUGGAUAUUUAAUGGCAAUGAUUCUUUCGAAAACCGGUGUCACAUUGGAGUCCACAAAAGAUUUUUAUCUUCGACGAGUCAAAAGGAUUGUCCCAUUGUACUUAAUUACCUUGCUGGGAAUUCAAAUCGGAAGCAGCUUACUGCUGACAAAAGACAAACAUCGAAGAACCACUCAAGACACGAUUUUGGCUCUGAUUUUUGCGAGGAAUAUGCAUUUUGAGUGGGAUAAUAUUUCUCCUAGUAUUCAUUUAUGGACAGUGAGCACGGAAAUGCAGUAUUACUUGAUUGUACCAAUCAUUUUCUACUUCUUGUUGCCGAUGAGCUAUUGGAAAAAAGUGGUGAUGAUGGGGAUGAUUGGAACUGGAUCUUGUCUUCUUUAUAUGACUCUCCCAUUGGUGACUGGAAUCUAUUUCAUGCCAAGUCGCCUCUUCGAAUUCCUUCUCGGAUCACUCACCUUCUUCACGGAAAUCGAGAUUCGAAAGUUCUUCGAUAAACGGUCUGCCAAUUCAAUCCCGGAAAAGAGUAUCCCUGACAUUGUGCUCAAUUCAGCAAAACGAGAAUCAUUUCUUGGUGCGAUCAAAAGUCAAUUCUCAAAAGAAAACCUUUGUUCAUCGAUUUCUCUUCUUUUCUUCUUGAUUUCAUGUGUAUUCUGCUUUCUAUUAACUGGAACGAGUGAAGAGAACGAUGUCUUUAUUGUGUUAUUAUGUGCAGCUGGUACAAUAUUUUUUGCCAAUAUUGGCAACGAGCUACUCAUCAAUCAUCAAGUUCUUUCCUAUAUUGGAGAUAUCUCUUAUGUUCUUUAUUUGGUACAUUUCCCCAAUCUAUGUCUUUCUUUC